UAGAGAGUAGUAAGAGAGAGAUAAAAACAGAAAAUGAAGAGGAAGGAAUUAGAGCAAAAUGUUUAGAGUUAUCUCCCAUUGAUUGACAUCCGGUGUUAUAGUCGGAAGUGAUUAAAAUGAAUUUACCACGUGUUUUAAAUGAAAAUAAAUACGGCGGAAUUUCUGGUCGACACAGCUGUGUACUGAAAUUCAACGACAAAUUACAGGUACUAUAUUAUUCACUGUGUUGAAGGCUGGAUUUAAUAAUUGAAUUAGCUUAUGUGAUGAAUUUCAUUUAAAUAAUUAACAUUUCUUAUUUGAAACUUCUGUACCAACCAGAUACGUCACCUGGACACAAAUCUCCACCAUUCUAUUUUCAGAUCUUUUAUUCAUGGAGCAUGUUACCGCAUGAAGCAAUAACAGAGAGUUAAAAACGGUAGAGCUUCGGACUAAAUGUCUUCUUUAUAAAUAUUCAGCUUUGUUCCUCUACAUUACUAAUUUAGAAUAUGUCGCGAUGAAACUAGCUGUUCGUUCAUUUUAUUCAGAGACUUCGCAUACAUUCUACCGGCUACAAGAAAUAUAUUUGUGAAACCAAUAUAUAAAGUGACUGUAAGAAAUUAAAUGUCCAACAUGGCACGAGAGAAACAGAAAAAAAAGGGGGCCAGAGAAAAAAAACAGGAGGCUGGUGAGAAGAUAUUUUGCAUUAUGGACCAGUUUAAAAGAUAUUCAACUCUAGCACAGAAAUACCUUGCUUUGUCACCCGAACUAUCAAGAUAUUUCAUGUUCAAUGCUUUAAAGAACAACUCAAAUGAAGAAAACAAAUGUUGGUGCCAGACCUGUGGUACUUAUUACUUUCCAAAUAACUUAAGAGUAAGACUUUCACCCAAAUUAACCCUGAAUAAGCAUAUAAAAUCGUUGGUGAAACGAUACAUGCAGGAUCCCGAUUCACUAAAGACAUGUCAACAAUCUCUAGCACUUCACUAUCUGAAUGGAAGAAAUAAAGUGGUCCUUACAUGUCGAGUGUGCCAUACCAGAAAUAGUUACAAAGGAAAGAAACGGUUACCUAUUAAGUGGACUACUCCUUCAAACAUCACUGACAAUUCUGUGGAAGAUUCUAAGUUGAAAAAACAACAGCUAGUGAUGGAAAUUAUGUCAGAAAUGAAAUCUGAGAAAAAGAAGGCCUCCAAAAAGAAAGCAUCUUCAAUAAGUUCGGAAAAGCAACGCAAUUCAAAACACAAAAAGACCAAAAAACAACCAUCCUGGCAGGUGAAAUGUGAAAUGAAAGCACUUUUGAACAAAGAAUCUACAGUUUCAAAUGAUGAUUCUUUACUGAACUUUUUGCUGACUUCUUAAUAUUCUGAUCAAGAUUGCUCAUAUGUGUCUGUGAAGCAACCAUGGGAAAGCAAAUAAGAACAAUAUAAACAAAUUUUCACAAUUAUUCUUCAAAGCAUUGUGAGUCAACUUCAUUUUCAUCUUUCCAUGGGGUCGAUAAAAUAAAUACCAAUCAUUUACUAGUAGACAAACUGAAUAUACUCUCCUACAAAGUUUGCAUAAUGCUUCACAGCAUUUUAUCUGUCUUUACAUUCUAAGUUCAAAUUCUGCCAAAGUCAACAUUGUCUUUCAUCCUUUUGGGGGUCAAUAAAUUAAGUACCAGUGAAACACUGGG